UUUAUACAUUACACAGAUAGUGAGUGCAUUCGCGUUCCUGUGUUCCGUCAAGGUGGUAGUGCUGUAACUGUAUAUGUAUACAAACACGUUCUAAAGUCUGUUAAAUUUGUUAAUUUGACGAUGAAUCAGAAGUAUCUAGUGAUGACAGUGUGAAGGCCCACGUUCGCGAAUCGAUAUCGUUAUUUGUGUUUAUCGGAAAAUUGUUGACCACUUUCGGAAAAGUGGGUUAGCCGGGAAAUAGAAGAUAGGUCCAGUUGCAGCACUUAGUUUUUCGUUUUCCCGACGUGCUUUCUCACGUAACUUUCCACUCUUCUUUCCUGUUUCUUGUUAUCUUCAACUCAUUUUACCAGCUUGUCAAUGUAGAGCAGAUAUUUGAAUAUCAAAGAUGCUGAAAUCCAAAGGCUUGCGUAACAGUGAAUAGGUACUGAACCCAUCCGCAGUCGCAGUCUCUUUGUGAAACCGUUCGGUAUGCGGUCAUUAUCGACGUGGACUGUGUGUUUCCUCUUGGGCUAUUUAGUCGGAACGGUUAGCCCUGGACCAGCUUGUCGGAUCAGCGAAUUUCCCUGUCACAACGGACACUGCAUCCGACUAGAUCGAUAUUGCGAUGGUACCGACAACUGCGGUGACAAGUCCGACGAACCCAUGUUUUGUACAGUAUGUAACCGCACGUACUAUGGAGAUGUCGGCAAAACUUACGACCUGCAAGUGAACAAACCUCCGGAGACCAGGCUGCCCUUCCUCUGUCACUUAACCUUCACGGCCAACGGUCAAAACCAUGGGGACAUCGUCCAGCUCAUUUUCGACGAGUUCAAGGUGGGCCGCUACGAGUCUCAGGGUUUGGACGGAUGUCCUGACGGCUACAUGCAACUGAGCGAACUCGGUCGACCCUUUACGGGUGGCUCAUGGUGCGGGGUGUCUUCCGGUCCCGCGGCGUAUUACAGUGAAACGGCGACGGUCACCGCGAGCGUUAAACUUUUCGCGAAUCCCCAGUCGCCUUUCCAGUUUCGGCUGCGGUUCCGGUUCGUGUCUCGCCGAGAGGCCAUAGUUCGUUUCGGAUCUCCCGCAUCUCCCUUGGAACGGGGUCAAGUAGCUCCCGGAACCUACUGCACGCGACAGUUCGAAGAGUGCUACAGGAAAACGUGCAAAUUACAAUCACCCAAUUAUCCUGGGAUGUAUCCCAGGAACGUGUCCUGCUACUGGAGCUUGAGACAGAAGUUUGUUCCUACCUGUAAGCAUGCAAUGAUAGCAGUACGUCAAGAGGCACCCCAUAAAAUGCACAUGAAGAGAUCCAUAAACGUUCUGGGGCUUAAUAAGACCGUCAGGGCUUUGAGAGCCUGGAGGGACUGCACGGGUGAGAGGGACCAUCUUAUCUUUUACGAUGGUGGUUCCACAAAUGACCCUGUUCUUGCAAAAUAUUGCGGAGGCGAUUGGUUGCCGAGGGUAGUGUCCAGAGGUCCUGAGAUGCUCGUGGCAUUUCAUUCGUCGCCCUUUAGUAUUCCUCUCCACUCCCCUCCUUCGCAAAGUCCCCUGAGGGGUUUCGAAUUAGACGUGGAAAUCGUUUUCGUCGACUCGGACUCUUUGGAUUUUUCUCACGAAGCUGCCGGGUGUAAUUUCGAGUUGAACGCCACCGAUCCUGACGGGGAUGAAGUUUGGACUGGACGUGGCAGGAGAGGAGAGCUGUUGAGCACCCGUCAUUCCCUACCGCCCAACACCACGUGCACUUACAGCUUCAAGGGGUUCCCCAACGACCUCGUUUGGAUCAGUUUUGUGUCGUACAGCCAACGAGCUCUUCUUGUUGGGGAAAAUGCUGCUCAUGCCUUGCUGGGGAACGGAACAAGUGGAAAUUGUGCGACCAAAUUACGCGUCUGGGACGGAAAAGUGCUUCUGGAAGACAAAUGUGACGAGCCUCCGCGAUUAUGCGAUCACACAGCCCUCAGUAACGCCACCAGGUUCACGAGGCCGUGUUCGGAUUCGGAAAGUUACAUCUCCACCGGGAGAAACUUGGUGCUUCAACAUCACACUGAAGACGGGACCGCAUUACAUCCGGCUUCGUUUAGACUGAGAUACGAGUUCGUAGACGUUCGUUUCGAAGGGGAGUUGUGGCCGAGUAGAGAGAAAAAGGGCCCGUGCUAUCGCGUCUUCCGAAAGCAACAUGUAGGAGACGUGUUUGUUCCUCGAAAUGUGUUCCUUUACGGGCGCGGUGGGGCGCGAAAUUUGAAUUGUGUGUACAGAUUCGAAGCGGGACCCAGUGAACGUGUGAGGCUUAUCGUAAAUAACGCGUCUUUCGGCCUAGAUCCCACCUGUGUCACCGGAAUCGACGGUCAUUCGGGAAGAUCGGUUUGCGACCAUCAUCCGGAUUCCCGCAUAGCGGAAUUGAGCGUUUGGGAGGUGCCGUGGCGAGAUAUUAAGCUUCCCAGGGGUUGCUUGUGCGACAACUCCAGUCUAGUGUCCAAGCCCAUGGUGUUCCUCUCGUCCUCUCGAGCUUUAGAACUCCAUUUCGUCGCGAAUGACAUGAACAUUACCGAAGACUUCACGAACUUGUACUUUCACGCCACGUUCGAGCUCAUACGGAUGGUUGAUUGUCCUCGGAAGCAAAAACUUUUGGGUGACGGGGGCGAAAUUCGAUUCACGAGUCCACCCGAACAAAGAUCGGACUUACUAUGUGCCGGUUUGCCGUGGAUGAUCGAAGCGCGUGCCAAUAAAAGUUUGUUCAUUCUUUCGUGGGGCGCUUUUCUCCCUCUUAAACUGAGACAGGACGAAGCCACGAGAUGUCCUACUCAAAACAGGAUCCUGAUCUAUUCGGGACGGCCACCUAAAGUUGUGAAAGCCCUCUGUCCUGCGGAACCUGGAUCGCGUCCCUUAGCGGUCCACGUUUUCAGCGAGGAAUGGUGGGGAGAGGGUGAUUUACACACCCGAUUGAAACCACCCAAUUUCCUGAUAGAGUGGGUCAGCCGGGAAUCGGGAAUCGCCGCACUUCACUGGCUGGAAAUCUCUAGGCCCAGAUCGUCUCUUUUGCAGCAGCUUCAGGUGCCCCUGAACACUAGCCAAAACGACACCGAACUGGAGUGUCCGUACAGGUGUCCGGAAUUGGACGCGUGCAUCAGCUCGUCUCUGUGGUGCGACAGUAAAGACCACUGUCCAUCAGGGUACGACGAGUCCGAGGCUCAAUGCGGCUCGGCGUCGAAGCUGCUCACGUCGCUACCCGGCGCCACGUUGGCGGUCGCGGCCGCGAUACUGUGCUCGCUGUUGUUCCUCGCGUGUGUCGCGAUACACAAAAUUCGAGUGAAGCGUCGUCGUAAAUUAGCAAAAAAAAAGAUGCUGACCGGUCCGCGUCUCCUCGACUCGUCGUUGAAUUCUUGACAUAAAAUAGCUCCCCCCGUCGAGUAUAUUCACGUGGAUCGGGAAACGACCGUAUGAGAACGACUCUACCCCGGAAAAUCCGUCCUUUUGCUCACUACUUGUAAUCUGUCGGUGCCUUCUUGUGAUUGUUUGUUUCGUAAUGCGCGAGGUGACAAUUCGUGGUGUUAUUCGACGACUAACUAAUACAAUACAUAGUAACGAUUUUAAAAUGUUCAGUUGAAUGCACUUUUACGAACUAAACUUAAACUAAUUAAUGAAUAGACCUACUAAUGUGACGCUUGAAAUUGAAAGACGUAUUGUGUGAAACGAAGGCUAGGUACUUAAAGACUUGCCUCUUGCAUUAGUUCUUACUUCGAAAGUGUAAGAUUGCUGUAAACCAUGGAAGAGGUGGUUACGUUACAAGUACCCUUUGGCAUAGGACUAUUACGCCCGAUCAAAUGCCCACUUGAGGACGAUUGUUGACUGUGAG